AUGUCUCAUAGUCCUUUGUGCUCAUUUAUUUACAUCUUAGGAUGGGACCUACCUUUUAAAUCCUCUUUUUAAACUUCAAGUUUGAAAAGUACUUUAAUUUGUUUCUAAAAUGUAGAAAAUAAAUUUCAAGAUAUUCAGUUAAAUGAAGCUCUUUGA